AUGACUGAGUUAUCAUUUGAUGUGAAAACUUUUGUUGUCAACACUGAUCAAUAUACUAGUCUUGGAAGAGGUCUUGUUGUUAAUCCAAACCAAUAUUUUGGAUAUGGUAGAGGUCGUAGAAAUAGAGGAAAUGAUUCUAAUGAAAUUGAAUCUAUUAAGGCACACUUAGACCAUGAAUUCAACAUUAAGAAUCUUGGGAAACUUCGUUACUUUUUAGGUCUUGAAAUAUCUCGCUUUUCUAUUGGGAUUGUGGUUAAUCAAAUAAAAUAUGCUCUUGAGUUGCUGAAAGAGAAUUAUAUGCUUGCUGCCAAACCUAUAUCUAUUCUUAUGGAUCAACCAAAUUCAAUAGCUCUUCAGCUGAGUCAAUAUGUUUCUCAACCCAUGGAUACUCAUCAUAGUGCUGCCAUGAGAGGUCUUCGCUACAUCAAAGGUUCUCCUACUAAAGGUCUUUAUUUUCGUGCCAACUCAUCUCUAAUUCCUUCAAGUUUUGCUCAUUUUGAUUGGGGUAGUUGUAUUGAAACCCGAAAAUCUGUCAUUAGGUAUUACGUCUUUCUUGGCUCUUCCUUAAUUUCUUGGAAAACAAAGAAACAAACAAUUGUAUCUCGUUUUUCCUCUGAAGUUGAAUAUAGGGCUCUUGCAGCUUUGAGUUGUGAACUGCAAUGA